UUUCUCUCGCUGCGCUAAACGAACUUCUAGACGGAGGUGGAAAGCGGCAACUUCGUUUAGCGCAGCGGGAGCAAAGUUGACGCUUUCCGCCCGGAGGGCAGAAAAUAACUAUUGAAGUCAUUUUAUUUCAUUUCAUUUCAUUUAUUAAUUGCAUUCCAUGGUACAUACAGAUGUUAUGUUAAAUUAAAUUUUUAUGUUAAAUUAAAUUUAUAUUAUUAUUUUACAUUAUUUCAUUAGGUUUCGCCCGAUGCUUUUGCAUGAGGGCGCCGAAAGCGCCCGUUAUUCAAUCGCCCGCAGCGCGACACGUAUGUCGAGCUACGCGGCGUAGCGUAUAGCGCAAUAUAGCGUAUUGAACGAAUCGGGCGUAGCCUACGCCCAACUCUUUCAAUAUGAGGGCACCGACGGCGCCCGGCAUUGAAUCGCGCGUACCGCGCCACGUUUAUCGGGCUGCGCCCAACUAUUUUUGAACGAAUGAUGGCGCCGAGGGCGCCCGGCUGUAGAUUGCGCGCAGAAGGCGCCGUGUUAAAUUUGAUGUGACGUCAUAUAGGGUAAUAGGCGUGUUAUAGGUUAUACCUAUAACCAGCGGAUAAGCGUGUAAGCUAGUCGGUUGUUUGGAACGCCGCACUACCCCAUACCAUAAAGUUAAAGCGAAAAAAAAGUCAUCUCCGCUAUAUUUACGUGUAGAAUAUAAUACAUUUUUUUAUAAUUUCUAUUUUACUACUUUGUCAGCGUGAUUUAUUUACAUGCCCAUGCCAAAUAAUUGCAGAUUUCUAGCACUAACGCUCAGUGAGCUAAGCAGCGUACAGACAGAUAAACUGACGGACAUCUUUUUUUUUUCAAAUAUGAUGUUGACUGUACGUGUGACAUAAUUAUACCUAUUUCAAGUGCCGUGACAAACUGCAGUUUAAUUGCUUGUCCGGAAUGCAUAAUUUGCACGUAACGUUUUAUGUGUAGGUAGUACCUUAAAUGGUUGUGAUCCAUUUCAUAUUAUAAUGUAAAAACAAAAGUACAUUUUUGACUCCAAUUGAAUAGGUACCUACAUGAUACUGAAAUCAAAACUACUUAUAAGCUAAAUACUUACAACUUCAUCAUUUAAAAUAUUUUUUUAGAAUGGAAAAGAAACAAAAUACAUUUUUCCAUGAAGAACUCGCGCCGUCUCACAUGCCGAAACAGACAAAGAAAAUGCUUAGCAAGAGAGUUCGUUUUCAGAAAAUCAAGACACGAGUUAAGCUUAGCCAAGAACAGAUUGUACGAAAAAGUUUACAGCAAGUUUUCUUUGAAUACAUGGUUAAUUCUUCUUUAAGUGGUGUCCGAUUUCUUGUUGAUACAACUAAGACCAAAGCGGAGAAAAUAAUGUGGCUGGCCAUAAUUGGAUGUGCAGUUUUUAGCUUUUUCUACUUUGUGAAGAACGCACUUCGAGCCCAGAGUGAUCAGCCUGCAUAUAUGACAUUAGAAGAUCCAUACUUUCCAAUCAACCAAAUUAUUUUUCCAGGCAUUGCAAUUUGCAACCAUAAUCGAAUAAAAAAAUCUGCUAUUGCACAUCUUGUCGAUGUUUUAUACUCACACGACAAUACAACGUUUUCCAGCAAAGAAGAACUUUUUGAAGCAGUUACGUUAUACGGCUAUCUCUACGAUUUUUCUUAUUCUAGAAGAGCGGAUAUUAUGAAGUACAAUGGUUUCCUUGUAAAAAUUGAAAACAUAGUGGACAAAGCUGAAAAUAUUAAGAAAAGUAACAUAUCGGAAUUGAUGCUAUCGCUGACUCCGACCUGUGACGAGAGUUUAAUUAAAUGUAGUUGGAAAGGAGAGGUUCAAGAUUGCAAUAGUUUGUUUAGAACGCAAAGUACCCAAUUCGGCUUCUGUUGCACAUUUAACUACUACAAUACUGAAGCAGGUAGAAAAGCAGAAGACCCUGAUUAUCCUCUAGAUACGCCUUACAUAUUGGAGGAUCACGAAGCAGGACCCUACUAUGGCCUCACCUUAGCGGUUAACGCAAAAACACACGAGUAUCUUUACACAACACGUCAAAGCUACGGCUUCGACGUUCUAUUCUUUAAUCGAUACGAUUAUGCUGAUCAAACUGCCGGCGGGCUAGUCCACAGAGUUGUGUCAUUGGGCUCCCAGUAUGACAUGGAACUCCAUCCAUACUCUUACUACUCGACAUCAGAGAUAAAACGAUUUCCUUUUGAGAAAAGACAAUGCAAAUUUGCUGAUGAAAUGCAACAUGAGUACCACAACCAUUAUAGUUUGAGUAAUUGUCUAGUGCGGUGCAGAAUGAGAACUAUAGAGAGACUUUGCAACUGUGUGCCUUUUUUUCUGCCAAGAAGGAGUAAUGUUUCAGCAUGCACAUUGGAAGAGCUGUAUUGUCAGAACAAAUACAGUCAAAAACUUUUAUUCGUAUAUCCUCCUAAGGAUUUACCAGGUUUAGAGUUAGAACGAGAAAAUUCUCUAAACUGCCCGACAUGUCUAGCCGAUUGCUCCGUUACGAAAUAUAAUGUUAUUAGUAACAGACUACUGCAAGAUAGUGGGAUUGAGUUCUCCAAAGAACUUGAUUUAAACGAUCAGAAUAUAUCUAUAAUCCGUAUAUUUUAUCUUCAUCCUACAUUACCACUAUUCAGAGAGGACGUGACGUAUCAUUGGUUUGAAUUAAUUAGUUACUUAGGUGGGCUAUGUGGAUUUUUUACUGGAUUUUCUAUGAUAAGUCUGGCUGAAUUCUUUUACUACAUCUUCAUACGUUUUAGUUACAUUUUAAAUGAAAAUUUUAGACAAAAUGGUUAAUUUUCGUGUGCUCAUGCCAUGCCUAUGAACCAGUGCUUGUUGUUGGCCGUUUUUAUCGUCAUGACACAACAUGGGGCCAAAAUGUGUGUGAUUGUGGUGUACUUCCGUUUAGUUAGUCCAAAUACUUUUCGCCAAAUUUCACUUCCCAAUAAACAAAUCGUAAUAGUUUAAUUUUCCAAAUGCAUCUUUGGCAAACUUAGACUUCGCAAUUAAUUUGUUUGGUCAAAUUAUCAUUUGGCUUCAUUUUACUUAGUCCAAUUUUAUUAAAACAAAAACUUAAGCAAACGUUUUUUAAUGCCAAAACUUAUCCCAUCAAAAACAAUACUUGCCAAAAAAACCAAGUCUCGCAACUCAGUUGUUCUGCGGUAAAAAGUUGUGAGAUCCAUGUAAUACCAAGUCGGUUAUUAAUUUAUUCAGUCUCUACUUAAGCGACUUUCUGUCUUAAUACGUCCAGUCUCUAAGACCACGAUCGUGGUCCAUAACAAUUGAAAAUCAAUUGUGUCUGGAAUCUCCGUACUCGAAGCAUUAAGUUGUUACGUAAUAAUUAACAGCAUCUUAUAGUGACGCAUAUCAAUAUUAAAAUUCUUUAAUGUUUUAUAUAAAUAUAUUGAGACUUGGCCAUCGCCUGAAAACACGUGUAAAUUCAAUCGCCUGAAAACACAUGUAAAUUCAAUUAUUUAGUGCGAUGGCCAAGUCUCAAUAUAUUUAUAUAAAACAUUAAAGAAUUUUAAUAUUGAUAUGCGUCACUAUAAGAUGCUGUUAAUUAUUACGUAACAACUUAAUGCUUCGAGUACGGAGAUUCCAGACACAAUUGAUUUUCAAUUGUUAUGGACCACGAUCGUGGUCUUAGAGACUGGACGUAUUAAGACAGAAAGUCGCUUAAGUAGAGACUGAAUAAAUUAAUAACCGACUUGGUAUUACAUGGAUCUCACAACUUUUUACCGCAGAACAACUGAGUUGUGAGACUUGGUUUUUUUUGACAAGUAUUGUUUUUGAUGGGAUCUCAUUUCUUUUUGUAUUUUGUAGACAGUUCUACUUUUUUCCUUUUCGGUACCUUCUACUUAUUGUAUAUGUGUA